AUGAUUGUCAACCGCAUGCAAUUUUCCGCAUUAGAUACCCAGCAUGCUUUCAUUACGUCGUUCUGCCUUUCGAGCAAGAUCAUCGAGCCUGUCCGGGAUCCCAAGGCCCGCAUCAAACACAUCCAAGCAAAGGCCCGAUCCGUCGAUUUCGCGAGGAAGGUUGUGACAUUCCCCGCUGGGGAUCUAGAGCAAUCCCGGGUCGGCGAGGUGUUCGAUAUCCCCUACGAUAAGCUCGUGAUUGCGGUCGGCGCCGUCACAAAAACGUUCGAUACGCCGGGGGUCAAGGAAAAUGCCAUCUUUUUCAAAGACAUCGGCGACGCCCAGCGCGUCAAAAGAGAGUACGGGAGUGUUUUGAACUAG